AUGAAGAAGCAAAGACUCCUGGAUUGUGAGCUUAUGAGAAAACUGUCAACGACCCAUAUUCUCUUGCGAGACCAGCCUCUUCGUUUGGUCAUGUAUGUUUUCCCCAUUCGCGAAUUUAAAAUAAGGCGUGCUGUUAAGAACGUUAUAGGAAGAAAGAGGUGGCCAGAAGUUGUGGCUGAGUUGGUAGAGAAAAAAGGAGAGAAGAGUAGGUCUUCAAUGGCCCCUCGCAAGAAACUAAAGACGAUGAUCGGCAUCCUCAAAGGCCUCACCUCCAUUAUCAAAGCCACUCUAUCAACAAAACGUAACACCAAAAUACACCUAACCGUCCUCCGUGCCACCACCGCACGCAAUUCCUCUUCCCCACCAUCCGAUAACCGCAUCGCUGCGGUCAUCUCCUUCGGCCGUGGGUCACGUCUCACCGCAUGUGCAUGUGUUGAAGCUCUCAUGGACCGUCUACACGGCACAAAAAACCCUUCCGUUGCCCUAAAAUGUCUCUUCACUAUCCACAGUAUCAUCAAAAGGGGCUCUUUUAUUCUCAAAGACCAGCUCUCUUUUUACCCAUCGUUCGGUGGCAGAAACUUCCUUAACAUGUCAGAGUUUCGGCGAUAUUCGGAUCCUGAAAGGUGGGAAUUGUCAUCUUGGGUUAGAUGGUAUGCAACUGUUAUAGAGCAAAAUUUUAUUGUUUCAAGAUUUUUGGGUCAUUACUUAUAUUCUUCUCCAUCUAGCAAUAAAAGUAAGGAUAAAGAAGACGAGGUUUCUGUUUUAUUGAAUAAAGAUUUGUUAGGAGAAUUAGACGUACUAGUCGGUUUUGCUGAAGUAAUAUGUGAGGCUCCUGAUUCUUUGCAUCUUCAGAGGAAUAAUUUGGUUUAUGCAGUGGUUAGAUGUGCUGGCGAGGAUUAUAAAUUAGUCCAGCGUGAGAUUUUAAUCCGAGUUGUAGAACUCAAGGAUAGAAUGGCAAGUUUGAGUUUUAGUGAGUUGACUCAGUUACUUAAUACUUUGAAGAGGUUUGAUGAUUGCAAAGAGAGGUUGCGUCUGUUGUUUGUUAACAGGGGAAGAAAUGAUGCUUUAUGGGAGAUGAUAAGUGGGACAAAAAUGAAAAUCAUGGAAAUGUUGAGGGGAAUGGGUAAAUUAAAAAGUUUGGGGAAAAAGGGCAGGACAGGGGCUUCCGGCGAGUUGACUCAGUUUAGAGAACGAUUUGCCGAGUUGAGACAGUUGGUCCGGUUCCAUUCUGGUGGUGGAUGGAUAGGUUUGGACAGGGGUCCAGCUUCGACCGGAGCUAGAGACAAGGUAGCUAAUAGGGAGCUAGCUGUUAUAAUGGGGAAUAAGGUUGGUCUAGAUUUGUUGCGUGCUUAG